AUGAAAAGUAUAUUGUUGGUUUAUCUUUUGUUUAUUACCUCUGUUAGUGGUCAAUCACCCUGUGAUGAAGUAUCGUUCGUUGAUCGAGCUGGAUGGGGUGCACGAGAACCAACGUCAAUAACAAAUCUAACAGGAAAACCUCUUUCAUUUUAUGUCAUUCAUCAUAGUUAUCAACCUCCAAAUUGUUAUGAUGACACAUCAUGUAUUCAACGAGUGAAAGCUAUUCAAGAUCUUCAUCAACUUGAUCGAGGAUGGGUAGAUAUAGGUUAUCAUUUUUUAGUUGGUGAAAAUGGUAAAGUUUAUGAAGGUCGAGGAUGGGAUCGUCAAGGUGCUCAUGCACCCGAAUGGAAUAACGAUGCAUAUGGUAUUUGUAUAAUUGGUGAUUUCAGAACAGCACCUCCAAAUGAAAAGGCAUUAAGUGCAGUAUAUUCAUGGAUUCGAUGUGGUAUUGCACGAGGCCAUGUCAAAAAAGAUUAUCAUAUAAUUACUCAUCGGCAAUCACAACGACCUAGUUAUACAGAAUGUCCUGGUGAUGGUACAUUUAAUGUCGUUAAUAAAUGGUCACGAUUUUGCUCCUUUCAAAAUUCUGGAGCGAAUUUAACUGCUAACGAAACACGAAUAUCUCUUGCUCUUGAUUUCUGUAAAAAAGAACUUAAAUCUAAUUUCUGUGAAAAAGAACUCAACUUAUCCCCAUCUGCUUCAAUACAUCUAUUUAUGCCAAUUCUUUUAUUAAUCUACUUUUUUUAA